AUGCCCCAGGCAGAACUUGGAAUUCAGGUGUGCACCUGCAGGCUGAGGGACUCUGUGAGCAGGUGCUGCUCGCACAGGGAGUUCAGGCACCAGCCAAGCCCCUGUGCUGCUGGGGUAGGCCUGCUUCACUUAGGGAGCGCUGCCUCAAGGCAGGUAAAGCCCCCUCGUUUGCCCCAAGCCCUGUGGGGCCUCUCAGGAGAGAAACUCCGGUUCAGCCCUUUCCCAGGGCGCGCGCUCUUUAGGUGGCAUGCCAGCCCCCAAACACAGGUGGCUUUUGGGCCCAGGUGGGUCAGCCUGCUGCCCCUUUCCCAUACCCUCUCAGGCCAUUGGGACCCCUGCCCUUCAGAUGUCCUAGGGUCUAGGAGUGGGGCCAGUCACUGUGGGAAGAGGCCAGGGGCUUGGCCGGAGAGGCAGUCCAGGGCAGGACCCAGUCCUGAGUCCUGGAGCAGGGCCAGGAAGGCGCCCACCCCGCCCCGGCCAGCCGCUCUCUCUGCUGUUUCUUCUAUUUGUUCUUUUCACCCACAGCCCUGUGUUCCUGUCAUCCCUCCUUUCAGCAAAAGUCCUGUUCCCAUUCCCUCUGUCCCCACCCACUCCUGUUCCCCAAGAAAAUAAGCUAUCAUUGUUGUAUUUGCAAUCUAUGGAUUAGAGGUUUAAGUAUUUAUUAUUAUUGGUUAAUUAUUAAUUAUGUAAAUUUGCCUCCUGUCUGUUGCGUUGGGUUUCUGAGGAGACCCUGGGUGAGGAGGAUGCACUGGCUCCCCGCUUCUCGCCCCCCACCCCUGUGCUGCCCGGGAGACAGUGGUCUGGGGCCACUGGUUGGGCCCCCUCCUCCCUUCCCCUCGUCCCUUCUCCAGGCCGUUGGGGGGGGCUGUCUGUCUCAGUCUGUCUCUGCUCCCACUCUUGAGGUACUGGUCACCCCAAAGUGAGCAGCCAGGGUGGGGACGAAGGUCCUGUGUUGGCCUCUGCCUCCUCCAGUGCUGCGGGAGGCGGGCCGGGGCCCCACCUGGUGGCUUUCUCCUGACAGGGCCCUGAGUCCUUUUCAAGCUUCUCUCCUGCCCCUCCCACCUGGCCACUGCCUCCUCCAGUGCUGCGGGAGGCGGGCCAGGGCCCCACCUGGUGGCUUUCUCCUGACCGAGCCAUGAGUCCUCUCCAAGCCUCUCUCCCGCCCCUCCCAUCCGGCCACUGCCUGGCAUUGGGAUCGCCCCACAGUGGACCCGGCCCCUCCUGUUAUUUGCUGGGAAGUCCAGCGGAGGAGAGGGUGCAGGUCCCCCGCCGAGCCUCCAGUCUCAGUAGACUGGGCUGCCGGCCCUUCAGCCCCCCUUGGAGCCCCUCCCACCGCAGCCGCACCUUCUGCUCCCAGCCCCUCCCCUUGUGUUUGGAGACAGUGUGUUGUAAUAAAGCUUAAAGUGGAUGUUUUC